AUGGCAAGGUGUAAUGCUGCUUUGGUAUUGGCUGUUGCGUUACUUGUGGUUAUGGUGAACCACUCUGCAUUUGGUGCUAGGACCAUGCAAAUGAGCACCAAUACCAAGGCUAAUGUGGUUGAUAUUGAUGCCACUAGGGCUAACCCUAGUGGUGGUCUUGCUGACAACAAGAACCUUUUGUUUGGUGGUGUUGGUAGUGCCAUUGGUGGCACUGCUGGCUUAAUUGGCCCCUUUGGCGGUGUUGUUGGGGGUGCUGGUGUUGGUGGGGGUGUUGGAGGUGUUGCUUUCCCUGUUGGUGGACUUGUUGGUGGUGGUGUCGGCGGUGCUGGUGGUGUUGGUGGGAUUAUUCCUUAA